AUGGAGAGAACUUACAUCACGAAGAUGGAACACAAGUUUGUUUUCCUCUACUUUGUACUCUCUGCUAUGCUUGAAAACAGAGUCUAUAAGCCAGACAAGCCUUCACAAGAGGAUUCAGGGAAGCUAGAGCUGAGGUGGGAGAGUAACAUCACUCACAUUGUUCAAACGCAAGAACAAGCUCAUCACCCCACCACUAGCUCGCCAUCUCUUCAAGCUGAAGACUUGAUCUCUAGAAAGCUGAAAACUUUAACUCGGGAAAGCUCAAGACUUGAUCUUGGCAAGGUCUCUUCUCGUUUCACAGCUAUCAAUCUCGGAAACAUGUGUGGUGGAGAUGAUGACUCUUUCAAGCUCCAUCAAGGACAGCUUAUCAACGACUUGAGCUCUGUUUUUCAAAGCUUUAUUUUUACUGAAUUGAGCCCCAAAGUCUGUAGUUUCUUUUCGUCAUGA